AAAAUGGUUUGCAACUGACGCGACAUUCCGACAGCCCGCUUUUAAUUUAUCAGCUAGGGUUUAGCGUGUUGGUGUUAGGUUACCGUCUGGCUAGCUAAAGCUGCAACAAAAAUAGCUUGCUUGGUAGCAUUUCCCCUACACGAUUUGUAACUUCUGGUUUUCAUAAAAUACUAACGGGUUGCACGUGUUCGUGCAUGUUACCUACGAAAAAACUGAUGGUGUUUGCUGGCUUCCUGACUAUGAGAAAAUAGCUAGCUAGUUUCAUUUGGCGGCUAUUUAAUUUAACUUGCAAGAUAACCUCUUGAAACAAGGGGAAGCGUGCGUCGAUUGUCUUCGUCAAACUGGUCGUAAGUCAUAAGUCUCGCCGCGGAGAUGUCCAAGGACCCGAAAUCUCCCUCCAGAUCCCGGUCCAGAUCAGCUUCCAGAUCCCGGUCCCCGUCUCGAUCGCGGUCCCAGAGCCGCUCGAGGUCGCGCUCCAGAAAGCGCCGCUACAGCUCCAGGUCUCGCUCCCGGUCCCACAGUCGGGACAGGGGUUACCCACGGGAGUACCAAAAUAACCGCGGUUUCCGCGGCUACAACCGAGGGUUCCGGAGACCCUACUACUACCGCGGCCGCAACCGUGGCUUUUACCCACGGGGGCGGUACCAGCGAGGGGGCGGGGGCGGCGGCGGUGGCGGCGGCGGCGGCGGCGGAGGCUACGGUGGGUACAGGCCCAACUACUGGCACCGCGGGCAGGAGGAUCAGUACGAGCAUCACCAGCACAGCCCCAGGAGGGGGCGCUCUCGCUCCCGGUCCCGGUCCCGGUCCCGGAGCCGAUCUCGAGGAUCUUCCUCGGCUCGGUCCCGCCGCUCCUACUCCUCCUCGUCCCGCUCCCCGUCUCCGCCCCGCCGCUCGGGCUCGAGCAAGCACGAGGCGAAGGAGGCGCAGAGGGGUGGGGCCAAGGACGGGGGCGGGGCCGAUAAGCAGGACGGAACCUGGCAGGGCCUGACGGACUACAGCGCCAGCCCAAAGCAGGCCAGCCCCCAGAUGCGCUCGGCCGUCAUCGUGGGCCCGGCCCCGCCCACUGCCCCGUACGGCUCCGCCCCUCCCAAAGCCAAAAACGCCAGCCCGGCCGCCGGAAACAGCGACGCCCCCUGGAAAGGUGCGGGCGCCGCCACGGCCUCCACCAGUAAGCCCUCCCCUCCGCAGGGCUCCGCUCCCUCCGGGUUCGGGUUCUUCUCGAAGGAGGGCGUCAAAACAGGAGACCGGACCGCAUUGUCUUCAGCCUUUCAAAAGUUCCUGGUCGAGCGAAAGGAGAAGCAACAGGCAUCUCAGCUGGACCAGGAGCUGACGGUCACUGGUGAGGAGAGGGGGAACAGCAUCACCAAGAGCCUCUUCCCCAUCAAGGGCGCCUCCUUCCCGAAGGGGCCCCCCUUCUCACGCAGCGAGGGUACCGCGCCGGAGCCGGGCCCCAAACCGCACGGGGCCAAACGCAAGAGCAAGGCCACCCGCGACCUGUACGGCCAGUGGGAGGAGCCGGAGCCCCGGUCCCCCGCGGAGGGGCGGGGCCACAGGGCCGUGGACAGCAACGACGACGACAUGGCGGAGGAAGGUCUGUCCCGCGGCCGGGCGCCGGGGCCUGACCCCGCGCGCUCGUUGGCUCGGGACAGGGGCGCGGACAGGAGGGAGGCCACGCCCCCUGCCAAGAGCUCCGGGAAGAGGGGGGAGGAGUUUGACUUCAGCGUGAACCUGGGAAGCUCCGCGGGGGUUUCGGCGAAGGAGCGGCGGCCGUCCCGGGACCCGGCGGACCCCGGCGGGAGGGAUUCGGAGUUCCGCCCGGUCUUCCAGAGUGCCCGGCUCUGCCACAGCCCGUCCGAGCUGUUCGCCCGGCACAUCGUCAGCAUCGUGCACCAGAUCAAAGCACAGCACUUCCAGUGCUCAGGGCUGACGCUAAACGAGCGUUUCGCUAUGUACCAGCGCAGAGCUGCGGAGGAGGGCGCAAGGGCGAGGAAAAGCCCCGAGAUUCACAGGAGAAUCGAUAUUUCUCCCAGUGCUUUUAAGAAGCACUCUUACCUGUUUGAGGAGAUGGAAAACUGCAGGGCAAGCGUCUACAAGGAUCCACUGAGAAAAACGAAAGAUGACCUAGUGGAUCUGCAGUUUGAGCAGAAGCACAGGAAAAAGCGCUCCAGCAAGGAGCACGAUCACAGAUGGGCUGGCGGGAGAGAGUCCGGCGACUCCCGCGGGUCCAGCCAGGAGAGGACCGCCGAGAAGUCGUCCAAACGCCACAAGAAGUCCAAGAAAAGCAAGAAGAAGCGCGAACGGUCGCGGUCGUCCUCUGUGGCGUCCCCGCGCUCCAACAGAGCGGGAGAUUACCCCGGCGAGGAGCCCAUAGAGGAGGGCUUCAGCAAGGCCCCUCUGGGACCCAGGGACCACGGAGGCCCCAUGGAGAGAGGGCCAGCUCGCGGCGGCUUCUCGAGAAUCGGAGGCAGGGGGUGGAACAAGAUAAGCUACCCGGGACACAACAGUGGUCCUAUGGCGGGCGUUCCACUGCGUCCCCCCGAGGAAGAAUGGGACCCAGAGUACACGCCCAAAAGCAACAAGUAUUUCCUGCAUGACGUCCGAGAGGGGGAGAAGUGGCUGGACGGGCGUGGCCGAGGGCGGGGCAUCGCUUUGCCUGGCAGGGGCCGAUUCGUGCCCCGCAGCGGCAGCCCAAAGUGGGUCCACGACAAGUUCCAGGGGGGCAGAGAAGAGGGGGAGCUUCUGGAGAGCGAGCAGGACCCCGAGGAGGGAGAAGGAAGGAAGGGGGGCGCCCCCUCCAAACUGUAGCUCCGCCCACUCCAUUUUCUUUAUUAUUUUUUUAUUUUUAGCCAAAUCCAGGGUGAAAAUGCAGCCUGUGUUCCUGUCUCUUCAGCCUAUGUCCUCAACCUGUGCUCCUCUGUCUGAUCAACCUGUGUUCCCCUUGUCAACUCAGCCUGUGUUCCCGUGUCCUCAGCCUGUGUCCCAUCUCCUCAGCCUGUGUUCCUCUGUCUCUGCCUGUGUUCCCGUCUCCUCUGCCUGUGUUCCCAUCUCCUCAGCCUGUGUUCCUGUCUCUGCCUGUAUUCCUGUCUCCUCAGCCUGUGUUCCUGUCUCUGCUUGUGAUCCCGUCUCCUCAGCCUGUGUUCCCCUGUCUCCUCAAUGUGUGUUUCUGUCUGAUCAGCCUGUGCUCUUUUCUACAGCCACUCUUAGAUACUCAAAGGGAUUAAAAUCACUGGUCUGUAAUUGAGGACCAAUCUUUUAUUUUCUUUCGCAUUCUGCAGAAUGUUGUCAGUGUGCACUGACUAUCAGGACAGUGUUAGUGCCAGAAAACUGCACUUUUGCCUGUAAAAGAAACCCUAUUAACAAAACCGAUUUAACUGUAAAUUUCACUUUUUUUUUGAUGGAGCAGUAUUCACUUGCUUAGAUGGUUUAUUAAAAUAAUACCACGUUUGUUUAAUAUUAUUUUUGGAAUAAUCCUUUGGCUGAGCAGGUGAGAGGUUGCUCCUGUCUGGAUCACAGCUCUUCAUCGUAAGCACAGUCUCCAUUUGAGUGGCAGUUUGUACUGACUGGAUUUUGCACAGGAGCCUUCGCAGAUUCAUCGACUGGAUAAUUCUUUUUUUGUACUUUAAAAAAAAAAAUGAGAAGAAUUUUAAAAUGUUGAAAAUUCAAAAGAAUGCAAGAGGGCUUGAUGCAUUUUGUAUAAUGUAAUGGUUGUGCCUGUUCUUUUUGAGAGAAUUCACUCAACAUUUAUAAUUGUAGUGAAUACAAUUGAAGACUGUUUAAAAAAAAAAAAAAAGAAUAAAAAAAUAAUUCUAGUCUUCUUGGGAAAGUUAAUUAGUUUUUUUUUCCGUUAUUUUGAACUUUUCUGUUUGAGCUUGAGUUCUUAAAUUAGUGUUUGCAGUCCCUGAAAGGAUGGGCAAAGGUGUCUUUAACCAAAAGCGCAAGCAGUAGGAGAUGGAACUGCAGGUUAGGAUUUCUGCCGGUGCGCUCUGUUCUGCACGCUCGAUGUGUGGGAUGUCCUGUACGACGAGGCAACGUCGUCCCCGUCUUUCCCCCCCCCACAUUAAACUUUUCGCCUGUGGUUUUGUAUCAUUUGUUAUUAAAACCAUCAUUCUGACAUUA